AUGGCUUCGAACGCUCAGGCUGCGCAGACGACCUCGUCGAGCCUCUCGCUGUGGUUCCAGCAGCACCGCCGCGCCGUCCUCAUCACCGCAGGCGUCGUCGCGCUCUCGGCAGCCGGAACGCUCUACUACACCCAGAGCAACUCGCAGCACGCCCGCCGCGCGAGGGAGCAGGCCAGGGACGCCGCCAACAAGGCCGCAGACAAGGCCAAGAAGGAGCGCAAGCAGAAGAAGCCCAAGCAGCCGGGCGAGGGCAAGCCAGACGCCAAGUCGGCCGACGACGAUGACGAUUCCCUGAAGCUGACGGCGUCCGACAUCGAGGUGAUGGACCCGGAGACUCGCUCGAAGACCGCCCUCACUCUCAAGGCUCGCGGCAACAAGCUCUACUCGGCGAAGCAGUACCAGGAGGCCAUCGACUACUACACCAAGGCGAUUCAGUGCGAAGAGCAGGCGGUCUUCUACUCGAACCGGGCCGCAUGCUACACGAACCUGAACCAGCUCGACAAGGUCGUCGAGGACUGCUCGAACGCGCUCCGCCUCGACCCGCAGUACAUCAAGGCGCUGAACCGACGAGCGACCGCGCGCGAGCAGCUCGGAGACGCCGAGAACCUCUACCUCUCUCUCUGCGACUUCACCGCCUCGGCAAUCCUCGACAACUUCAGCACGAGCUCGACGACCGACUCGGUGGAGCGCGUCAUGAAGCAGCUUGCGACGCAAAAGGCGCAGGACAUCCUCACCACCCGCGAGCCCCGCCUCCCCUCCCCGACUUUCAUCACCGCCUACCUGACCGCCUUCCGCACUCGCCCUCCUCCUUCUCUCCCCGCCAACCCGAGCCAGGGCGACCGCACGCUUCAGCUCGCAUACGACGCGCUCGACGCCAAGGACUUUACGCACGCCUUCACCUUCUUCAACGAGUCGAUCAAGCAGGGGAUCUCGACUUCGGCGGGCAAGGCCGAGGCGCUCAACAUGCGCGCGACGUUCAAGUUCAUCAUGAGCGAUGCGGAGGGCGCGCUUGUCGACCUCGACGAGGCGACGACUGUCCAGCCCGACAGCGCGCAGAGCUGGGUCAAGAAGGCGAGCGUGCACAUGGAACUUGGCCGGCCAGAGGACGCGAUGAAGGACUUUGACCGCGCUUUGGAGAUUGACCCGAACAACGCCGACGUCUUCUACCACCGCGGCCAGGUCUUCUUCAUCACGGGCGAAUUCGACCGCGCCAUCGCCGAGUACCGCCGGUCGUCCGAGGUCGACCCGGCCUUCAUCUUCUCACACAUCCAGCUCGCGGUUGCGCAGUACAAGUCGGGCUCGACCGAGAAGGCGCUGCACCAGUUCCGGCGGCUGAUCGAGAAGAACCCCGAGUCGGCCGAGGUGUACAAUUACUACGGCGAGCUCCUGCUCGACCAGCAGAAGUUCCCCGAGGCCGUCAACGCGUUCGACAAGUCGAUCGAGCUCGCGAAGAACAACCACCCGCGAAACGUGCUCCCGAUGGUCAACAAGGCGCUCGCCAUCUUCCAGCACCGCCAGGACUUUGCGACGGCCGAGAGCAUCUGCCGCGAGGCGGUCGACAUUGACCCGCAAUGCGACGUCGGCGUCGCGACGCUCGCCCAGCUCCUGCUCCAGCAGAACAAGGUUCACGACGCGGCCGACAUGUUUGCCAAGUCGGCAGAGAUGGCGAGAACCGAGCCCGAGCUCGUCAACGCCCUCACCUACGAGAAUGCCACCCGCGCCCAGAUCGCCUUCCUCAAGAACUACCCUCUCCAGGCUGACCGACUCGGCUUGAGCCGGACAGCGUAA